AUGGGACAAUCCAACGAGCCGGCUGGUUUCAAACUUUUUGUCGGCGGGAUCCCAUGGAAGUACAGUGACGAGGAUCUUCGGGAGCAUUUCUCUCAAUACGGAAACGUGAUUUCUGCGAACGUCAUUGUUGAGAAAGUUGGUGAACAUGCUGGAAAGUCUCGAGGGUUUGGCUUCGUCAUUUAUGAAAGGAAGGAAGAUUCUGAAGAAGCCAUCCGCGUCUUGCAUGAGUCAGAGAUCGAAGGCCGAAAGGUACAAAGUUGGAAACCUGACUCUGUGGAGCUCACUAGUCCUGGUGCAGAUCACAGUCAAAGUUGCGACUGA